AUGUCCGCCGCGUCGCCAGACAAAAAUGGUGAGAAGCUGGCCGUGGCACGGCCGGUGCUGUCGCUUCAACAGGCGCAGUCGCCACAGGAUAUCGAUAUGCGCGAUGUUGAAGACCCAGACAAGUCCUUGAGUUACGCCAUUGGCGAUAUCGAGGAGAACUUUGACAUCGAUUCGGACAACUCGCCGUUUCCAGAGGUCCGGGCUAAUGUGCCCAACACGGAUGACAUCUCGAUGCCAGUCAAUACGCUCCGCAUGUGGGUUCUCGGUGUGGUCUUUACCAUGGUCGGUUCCGGCAUCAACCAAUUCUUCUCCAUGCGCUACCCUGGCGUCACCAUUUCGUCGCUCGUUGCCCAGCUCAUCGCAUACCCUGUCGGCUGUGCUAUAGCUCGCGUCCUGCCUGUAAAGAAAGUGCGCAUCUUAGGCCGGGAGCUCGUCAUCAACCCGGAUCACCACUUCAACAUCAAAGAGCAUGCUGUCGUUACCAUCAUGUCGAACUUGUCGUUUGGUCCAUCGUGGGCUACCGACAUCAUACAGGCACAGAAGGCCUCGGCUUUUUAUGGGCUUGAUACGCCAGUCCCUUACCAAUUUCUGCUCGGUCUAUCAAUGCAACUCUUUGGUCUCGGCAUGGCAGGCCUGGCGUACCGAUUCAUUGUAGAACCUCCACACAUGAUUUGGCCAUCAACUCUUGCCAACGCGGCGUUGUUCCAGACUUUGCACGGACGAGCCAACCCCAUCGCUGAUGGCUGGAAGAUAUCGAGGUAUCGGUUCUUCCUGUACGUCCUUGUUGGAGGCUUCUUCUGGUAUUGGCUCCCCGGCUACCUUUUCACCGGUCUAAGCACGUUUGCUUUCAUCUGCUGGGCUGCACCAAAUAACGUCGUGGUCAAUAACCUGUUCGGCAUGUCCACGGGACUUGCUUACCUGCCGACCACCUUUGACUGGUCUCAGAUUGCUUACAACGGCUCACCUUUGGUUGUUCCGUUCUGGGCCCAGGCCAACGUGUUUGCUGGCUGGGUGAUUCUCUUCGCGCUCGUCACGCCCAUUCUCUACUACACCAACACAUGGUACACGGCAUAUCUGCCGUUCUCUGGUGCCGAUACAUACGACAACACAGGCAAGAUCUACAACGCGACUCGAGUCGUUAGCAAGGACGGCAAUUUCAUCGCGGAAGAGUACGAAAAGUAUAGCCCCCUCUUCAUGCCCGUCACAUUCGCCCUCAGCUACGGCAUAUCUUUUGCGGUGAUGAGCUGUGUUCCAACUUACAUAUUUAUCAAUCACUACAAAGAGAUUAUCGGAGCAUUCAAUCCGAGCCGAAAGAAGGAUAUUCAUGCUCGCCAGAUUGAAAAGUAUCCCGACACACCAUGGUGGUGGUACGCCAUUCUGACCAUCAUCGUUCUGGUGCUCUCGAUUGUCGUCCAAGUGGUAUACAAGACGCAGAUGCCCGUCUGGGGCAUAUUCGUUGCUUUUGGUCUGGCAAUGAUCUACCUAAUACCAACUGGCAGCGUCUACGCGGUUGCCAACCUCAACAGCAAUGUCCUGACGGUCCUCGGAGAGAUCAUCUCUGGAUACCUUAUCCCCGGGAAGCCUAUAGUCAUGCUGAUAUUCAAGUUCUAUGCGUACACGGGGCUGAGCCAGGCCAUGAUUUUCUCUUCCGACAUGAAGCUCGGGCUGUACAUGAAGAUUCCCCGCCGGACCCUGUUUAUGGCCCAGUUGACGGCAUGUAUCGCUGGUUCUCUCACGCAAAACGCAGUCCUGCUGUGGAUGCUUAACCAUGUCAACGGAAUCUGCUCGGAUAAGCAACCCAACGGAUAUACCUGCCCCCAAGGGCGAGUCAACUUCUCAUCGAGUGUCGUCUGGGGUGCUAUUGGUCCAGCUCGGCUCUACAGCAUCGGCAAGAUUUACUCGGGUCUUUUGCAUCUGUUCUGGAUCGGCGCACUCUUGCCCGUCGUAACAUUUUUCCUGAAGAAAAGGUUCCCAUCCAACAAGUUCCUCCAAUACCUUCACUGGCCCCUGUUCUUUGCUGGCACCGGAAACGUACCGCCAGCGACGGGCAUCAACUACACAUCGGCCUUUGCAGUUUCGUUCAUAUUCAACAAGUGGCUCAAGGGCAAAUAUCCACAUUGGUGGGCAAAGUACAAUUACGUCCUAUCUGCAGCGCUUGAUUCUGGUCUAGCCAUCUCUGCUAUUGUUAUUUUCUUUACCCUCGUCUUCCCAGGCGUCAACCUCAGUUGGUGGGGUAACAACAUCCAAAAGACGACCGUUGACGGGCAGGGCAUUCCUUGGAAAGCCAUUCCCGCCGGCGGCACUUUCGGCCCUGCCACCUGGUCGUGA